CGGCUGCGGGACUUGAUCCUGACGCUGGACACCGCGCAACGCGCAACGCGCAAACUAGACGAGUGUGUGUGUGUGUGUGUGUGUGUGUGUGUGUGUGAGAGUGUGUGUGUGUGUGUGUGUGUCACCUGAACCGGGGCAUGUCGUGAACCGGUUCCUGGGCGUGGGGAGCGGAGGGACGAAGCAGAAAGACGCUCGUCUCGACUUCACCUCAACUCGUCGUGGGAAUAUUGUUGCGGCAGAAACUUGCGCACGUUGUUCUCACCUCGUUCCUUCUCACCAGGAUGUAGAAGAAAAGUGGGGGAGUGUUUUUUUCCCCUCUCCAUUAUUGUUUUUUUUUUCCUCUUUCAAAGGAUCCGGCGACGCAGUUUUUCAUUUUUUCUCUCCCCAACUUUUCCCCGGUUCACAUCUGUGGAGGAUUAUUACGCAGCGGGGACGGAGCGACGGUCGACGGGUCGACGGAGAGGAGAGGAGAGAGAGUGAGGUGGUUCAACUGGACCGGAACGCUGAGCAGCAGAGUGAGGAGGUCGAUGUCACCGGCGAUCAACGGGUCUGAACACUGAGCAGACUCGAUGGAGCGGCGGUGGGCGUGGCACUUUGCCCUGGUCGCCCUGGCGACCAUGCACCUCAGCCCCUCCCACGGCAAGAAUGCCGAGUUCCUGUCCGACACGCUGAUCAACAACGUGGUGGCGAACGCGGCGACGGGCCGUCUGUACGUCGGCGCCGUCAACGGCCUCUACCAGCUGAGCGCCGACCUGCAGGUGGAGUCGCGCAGCGAGACGGGCCCCAAGCGCGACAACCGGCAGUGCACGCCGCCCGUCACCGACGCCUGCGAGGAGGCGGUGGACACGGACAACCACAACAAGCUGCUGCUGGUGCACGGCGCCCGCGACGUGCUGGUGGUGUGCGGCAGCGUCUUCCGGGGCAUCUGCUCGCUGCGCAACCUGAGCAACGUGGAGCAGCGGCUGUACUUCAGCGACACCAAGGGGGAGAAGUCGUACGUGGCGAGCGCCGAGGAGGGCGUCUCCGUGGUGGGCGUGAUGUCGUACUUCACCAAGGACCGGGACAACUUCACCGUGUUCCUGGUCGGUAAGGGCUACGGCAGCCACGACAGCACCAAGCUCAUCUCCACCCGCAUCCUGCAGGACUACGGCGACUGGGUGGUGUUCGACAGCAUCAUCGAGGCCUCGGCGGUGCAGGCCAACCCGUUCGUGCUGCGCUACCUGCACGACUUCCGCUUCGCCUUCAAGGACGGCGGCUACGUCUACUUCCUGUUCUCGCGCACGCUCGGCGUGCAGGACAACAAGAACUUCACCUUCGUCUCGCGGAUGUGCGAGGACGACCAGGGCUACUACUCGUACACGGAGCUGCAGCUCAACUGCAGCGUCAACAACAAGUACAACAAAGCGCAGGCUGCUACCGUGGCAACACCAGGGGAGGUCCUGGCUCAGAGUUUGACCCGAUCCGGCCGGUACGGACCCGUCUCGGCCUCUGACAAGGUUCUGUUCGUCACCUUCACGUCCGACGAGGACCCGUCCACCUCGGCCAUGUGCAUGUAUCCGGUGCGCUCCAUCAACCGGCGGCUGGUGGAGAUAAUCGGCGCCUGCUACAGCGACAACGGCAUCGUCGGCGGGAAGGCGGCCGUCUACUCGCCGUACUCGUCCAAGUCCGAGGAGCUGUGCAGCAGCAACAACCAGAACAACAUGGCCCUCAGGUACAAGUGCGGCGCCGAGUUCCUGCCGUCGCCGCUGGCCAGCAAGGCCGAGUUCGCCCUGACGUCGGAGCACGCGCUGGCGCGCAAGGGUCACAUGACGGCCGUGGCGGUGGCGGUGGAGAUGGGGCACGCCGUGGCCUUCCUGGGCACCGCCAGCGGAGAGGUGCUGAAGGUGCAUCUGUCCGAGCAUCCCGAGGUGUACGGCCGAGCGUCGGGCGACGCCGCCGGAGACAAGGUCAACAAGAACCUGCUGUUCGAUUCCGGCCUGCAGCACCUGUACAUCGCCACGGAGAAGAAGAUCACCAAGGUUCCCGUGCAGGCCUGUCACCUGAAGACCGACUGUCAGUCCUGCGUCUCCAUGAAGGAUCCGUACUGUGGCUGGUGCGUCCUGGAGGGAAGGUGCACCAGGAAGCCGGAGUGCAGCAGGUCGACGGAGGAGAACACCUGGCUGUGGUCGCCCGCUCAGCAGUGCGUCCAGAUCCAGAGCUACGACCCGCCGAACCUCAGCCGCAGGAAGACGCAGCAGGUGGACAUCAGCAUCCCCGCCCUCCCCCGACUGAGGAUGUCCGACACCCUGCACUGUGUGUUCGACUCGUUCGUCAGCGGCGCCGUGAUGACCGUCGACAGUCAGGUGCUGGUCACGUGUUCGCUGCCCAACCCCGGGGAGAUCCCGCCCACUCCCGAGCAGCAGGACUUUGUGUCCGUCCCAGUCAAGGUUGUGGUGAACAAUAAGAUCGUGGUGACGACUGGAGAGUAUCACUUCUACAACUGUGCGGCUACAGUCAGGAAGAACCAGAACACUCCGUGUAUAGCGUGUGUGACCAGUCAGUGGGGAUGUCAGUGGAACGCUCAGGACCACAGCUGCAGCGACAGUGACGACGGCGUGCACGGAGGUCACAUUGUCAAACCACGACAGCCGGACCGUUGUCCUCAGUUCGAGUCUCCGGAGCCGCCGUUGAUUCCCGUCGGCUUCGAGAUUCCCAUUAGCUUCCAGGGAACCAACCUGGACAUCUACAUGGGUCGCAGGUUCGCCAUCGGCACCGAGUUCAUGAAGCUCACGGAGGAGGAGGUCACUCAGGAGCAGGGGUCAAAGUUCAAAUUCACCGGUUAUGAGUUUUCCUAUGACAAGCAGCAGGAGGUGAACAUUUCCUUCCAUAUCAAAGACAGAGACACGGAGAGGAAGAUUGACAGCCUUCUGACGGUCGUGCUGUACAACUGCUCCGUGGGCAGGGAGGACUGCAGCCUGUGCAAACACGCCGCCGCCAGGUACCAGUGUGUGUGGUGCUCCGCCUCCCGCUCCUGCGUCUACCGGGAACUGUGCCCGUCGCCGCAGACGACCCAGUGCCCCGACCCCGAGAUCACCGAUAUCGUCCCUCGCUUCGGGCCGCUCAACGGCCGCAUCUCCGUCACCAUCAAGGGCUCCAACAUGGGAAUAAAGAGGGAGGACGUCAAGAAGAUCACGGUGGCCGGAGUGGACUGCGUCCACCAGGAGGAGCGGUACUCCGUCUCCACCAGCGUGGUGUGUGAGAUUGGGCCGGCGAGACGAGUUCCGCCGUUCGACCUGCCAGUGGAACUGACCAACAGCGGCGCGGUGCAGAUCGAGGUGGAGGGCGGGCGAAGCGGGACGUCCCGCGUUAUGUUCACGUAUCGGGAUCCCAAACCGGAGAGGGUGGACCCGGCGAAGGGUCCGGCCGCCGGAGGAACCGUCAUCACCAUCAAGGGGGAACACCUGGACACGGCGACCAAAGACGACAUCGCCGUCACGGUGGGGGGCGUGGCCUGUGAAGUCCUGUCGUUCGGCGAACGCAUCACCUGCAAGACCGGCAAGUACCGCGGGCAGAAGGUGCCGUCCGACCCGCUGACGGUGACGGUGAGGUACGGACGCAACACCACCAAGGACGUCCCGGCCGCGUUCCAAUACUCCGACAACCCCAAGAUCACGGACUAUUACCCCAAAGCCAGCUUCGCCUGCGGUGGUCGGAGGAUCGUGGUGGUGGGAAAUGGUUUUGACCUGAUCCAGAGAGCCACGGUGAGAGUCCAGCCCUCCGACUUCGCUGAGGAGUUCUCACAGGCUGCCGCUUCUGAAGAGUUCGUGCAGGAGACUCUGAGCAAGAACGACACGGUGCUGCAGUUCUUGUCCCCGCCGGUGAACUCGUCCCUGGACCCUCAGUCCCUCCGGACCAUCCUGCAGCUGGACAACGUGAGAGAGGAGCUGAAGAACUUCGACUACCACCCGGACCCCAGCUUCAACGACCUCGCCAAGAACGUCAUCACCGAGACCAGCAUCAUCAUCGUGACGGGUCGAGGUUUCUCCAAGGCCAUGACGGUGAAGGAGGCCCAGGCGUUCGUGGGAGACGCCUCCUGCCACGUCAACAUUCUGCAGGAUGAUAAGUUGAUCCUGGAGGCGCCGUCGUCUCAGCCCAGAUCCAGAUCCAAACGCCAGCGCAGAGACACGACCAACGACCUGCUGGAGCUCGUGGUGAAGUUCGGUCACGGCGAGUGGCUCGUGGGUUCCGUCUACUACGACCGGAAGGACGACGUCCUCCUGGCCAUCAUCAUCCCGGCGGUCAUCGUGCCGAUGCUGCUCUUCAUCGCCGUGUCCGUCUACUGCUACAGGAGGAAGAGUCAGCAGGCGGAGCGGGAAUACGAGAAGGUCAAACACCAGCUGGAGAAUCUGGAGGAAAGUGUCCGAGAUCGCUGCAAGAAGGAGUUCACAGAUCUGAUGAUCGAGAUGGAGGACCACACCAGCGACCUGAGCGAGGCGCGGAUCCCCUUCCUCGACUACAAGACGUACACCGACCGCAACUUCUUCCUGCCGUCCAAGGACGGCACCAACGACACCAUGAUCACGGGCAAGAUACAGAUCCCGGAGGCGCGCAAGGCCAUCGUGGCCCAGGCGCUCAACCAGUUCUCCAACCUGCUCAACAGCAAAACCUUUCUCAUCAACUUCAUCCACACGCUGGAGAGUCGGCCCGACUUCAACGCGCGCUCGCGCGGCUACUUCGCCUCGCUGCUGACGGUGGCGCUGCACGGGAAGCUGGAGUACUACACGGACAUCAUGAGGACGCUGCUGCUGGAGCUGAUGGACGAACACGUGCAGAGCAAGAACCCCAAACUGAUGCUGCGGAGGUCGGAGACGGUGGUGGAGAGGAUGCUGUACAACUGGAUGUCCAUCUGUCUCUAUCAGUUCCUCAGGGACACGACCGGCGAGCCGCUGUACAAACUGUUCAAGGCCUUGAAGCACCAGGUGGAGAAGGGGCCGGUCGACGCCAAGAUGAAGAAAGCCAAGUACACGCUGAACGACACGGGGCUGCUGGGCGACGACGUGGAGUACGCCGUGCUGACUCUGCAGGUGUUGGUGCACGGCGAGGGACCGGACGUGACGCCGGUCAAGGUGUUGAACUGUGACACCAUCACUCAGGUGAAGGAGAAGAUCAUCGAUCAGGUUUACAGGAACCUGCCGUACUCACAGAGGCCGAAGGUGGAGAGCGUCGCGUUGGAGUGGCGUCCCGGCUCCACGGGUCAGAUCCUGUCCGACCUGGACCUGACCUCGCAGAAGGAAGGACGCUGGAAGAGACUGAACACGCUCGCUCAUUACAACGUUCGUGACAACGCCACGUUGGUUCUGUCCAGAGUUCUGCACACGCAGUCUUUCCACCAGCACCAGGACAGCUACGAAGAGAAAAACGCUCUGCUGGAGGACGACAACACCUUUCACCUGGUGCGACCGGCCGACGAGCUGGACGAGGGGAAGUCGAAGAGAGGCAGCAUGAAGGACAAGGCCAUGACCAAGGCCAUCACGGAGAUCUACCUGACCAGGCUCCUGUCCGUCAAGGGCACGUUGCAGCAGUUCGUGGACGACUUCUUCCGCAGCGUCUUGUGCUCGAACUCCGUCGUUCCUCCGGCCGUCAAGUACUUCUUCGACUUCCUGGACGAGCAGGCGCUGAGACACGACAACGUGGACGAGGAGACGCUGCACAUCUGGAAGACCAACAGCCUGCCCAUGAGGUUCUGGGUGAACAUCCUGAGGAACCCGCACUUCAUCUUCGACGUCCACGUGACGGAGGUGGUGGACGCGUCGCUGCACGUCAUCUCCCAGACCUUCAUGGACGCCUGCACCAAGACGGAGCACAAGCUCAGCAGAGAGUCUCCCAGCAACAAGCUGCUCUAUGCAAAAGAGAUUUCCACGUACAAGAAGAAUGUGGACGAUUAUUACCGCGGCAUCCGGCAGAUGGUUCCGGUCAGUGACCAGGACAUGAACACUCACCUGGCCGAGGUGUCCAGGCAACACACAGACAAGCUGAACUCCCAGGUGGCCUUACACCAGCUGUACCAGUACGCCAGCAAGUACUACGACGUGAUCAUCCAGUCGCUGGACGAGGACCCGGCCGCCCAGAACAAACAGCUCACCCUUCGCCUGCAACAGAUCGCUGCUGCGCUGGAGAACAAGGUCACUGACCUUUGACCUCUGACCUAAAGGAGGGGACGGGGGGGUCAGGGGACAGGGGGAGGAGCCAAUGGCUACCUAAAACACAGGAUGUUUUGUUUUCCAUUUAAAGACUCGAAAAGAGGAACGAGCUCACGGACUCACAGACAAAUGUUUAUGACCAUGUAAGGACUGCAGUGGGCGGGGCUUAGUGCCACCACGGGCUAGCUGAAAAGGGGGAGGAGUUAUGGGACUCGAGUCAAGUGUUAGAAUGUUCAGACGGUGGGAAGUGGAGAGCGGACGUCUCCUGCAGUUGUACGACAUGCACUUCCACAAAAUGGCGACCGUCACAUGGCGGUGUAUGGAAGCUCUUUGAAAUCAAAAGGGUUAUUUUUUAUAACGAUAGCGAGGACGCUUAACCAUGAAAGGACUAAAGAAGAGAAAAAGUGCCACACGAGAAAUGAAGAUCUAAGAUUUUUUUGGGGAUGGAUGAAGAAUAUAAGUGAAGUAAAGAAAAACAUUUACUUUUUUGAAGUUGGGAUUGGACUUGCACCGCUUCCGGAAACUUUGUGGCCACUUUAUUUUCAUUUUCCAUCUUUUAAACUUGAGUCCAAAUUUGCCUCCGACAGCCGACGUGACGUCAGUUUGUGCCUCGAAACUCGAUGGUAACAAAAGGAAAUCUGAUCUCCGGUCGACGACAGGGAUCAGUUCUUCAUCCUAACGUGUGAAAAUGCUUCUAACUAAAAACAAUAAUCGACCAAUUAAAAAUCCCACUACGGUACACGCCACUGGCCAAUCAGGGGCCUUGGUUUGGUCUUGAUGAAUUCAAGGUACGACGUGUUUAAGUUAAACCAAAAAAACUGAAUCAACUUUUCUUGUAUAGCGGCCAAAUGGUGUCAGAUCAGCAGCCUCUUAAGUCUCUACGCCGAUGACGCUCUGCUGCCGACGCGAGUCACCUCUGAAUAUUAACGCUGUGUAGUAUUAUUCUGUGUGUACGGCUUUUAUGUUUCCAUAUACGACCUGACACUCAUCAUUUUUAAUGGACUGAUUUCGUGCCACUUCGUUUUUUUUGCUUUUAAUCAAAGCGGUUGAAUCCCGCGGUGAGCGAGGACCCGCUUGUUUUUACUUCCAGUGAAAAAAAAUCAUGACUGCCUCCCGAAAUCAUGUUUUCUCAACAACAGCCAAACAUUUGUUUUUAUACUAUGUAUGAUUUUAAUUCUUCGUAGACAUUCGUUUUUAUUUUUUUUUUCUGUUUGUCUGAGCACACGAGAGGAAAAGUGUCUCCUGAAGCGCACGGAUUGUUCAAAAAUACCUUAAAAUAAAUCCACAAAUUAAUAAUAAGUUCAGUUGUAUUCAAUCCAGUUAUUUUUAUCAUCAUGCAUCGUCAGUGUUGUUACAGCUGCAAGAAAUAUGAUUUUUGUUUCACUAUCGGUUUUAAAGGAAGUUUGACUUUUGGUUUGACAGUUAGUCCAGAAAUUUAAAACAACCCCAAAAAUCUGUUUGUGUGUGUUUGUGUGUGUGUGUGUGUGUGUGUGUAACUGUCACUGGGGUUGUGUGUUUGAUGAGUGUAGACAGAAACAAGGGGGAACAAACAAAUUGUACAUGAAAUAAUUUGGUGGUACUUUUAUAAAAAAAAACUGUAAAAA